AACAAAAGAAAAAAUGCUUCGAUUCACACAAUUGUCUAGGCAUUCUGCUAGCCAAAUUCGACAGUAUGCUACAAAGUCAAAGACAACCAACUUGACAUCAAAGGCUCGAGUACCUACUGUCGAAAAUGUCCUUCCCGACGGCACCAUUUUCAUCACUCGUCUUGCCCUGUCCACUCCAGAAAGCUCAAAGGCCGCACCAUUACUUCACAAGAAGCCUCAAGCUGCCAGCAAGAAGUUGGGUGAAUCUGAAAUAGCGGAAAUCAGAAAGCUGAGAGCAGAAAACCCUAGUCAAUGGACUCGAAAAGCCUUGGCUGAGCGUUUUGGGUGCUCAGAAUUUUUCAUCUCCAUUGUGUCCGGCAAGAAGCAGGCUGGUGUCUCCCAAGUAGGCGAGACAGUAACUGAGACUGGAUACCGAAAGAAGCUUAUUCACGAUAAUAGGGUUAAGCGCAGAGCUAUGUGGUAAAAGUCUGGAAAACCCAAUAUCACUGGCACCUCUUCUUCAUUCACAUCAUGUUGACAAGACAUUACUGUACAAAUAAAACAAAUAAUCUUUAGAAGACUUGAUUCAUGGUA